AUGAUCUUUACAUCUCCUAUGUCCUGUCCUCCACUCUGUGACGAAAAUUAUUUAAAGUAAAACCCUAUUUGUCUCCGUCUUUAUCCCAAUCUUCAGAAAAGUCUUGAGAAUCUCAGUCCCAAUUUUUUCAGUCCUUUUUUUUCUUGGGAGAAUCGAAUUAUGUACAAGGAACGGAGUGGAGGUGGUGGUGGGUCGUCGAGAUCGGAGAUCGUGGGCGGAGCAAUUGAUCGGAAACGAAUCAACGACGCACUCAACAAGAGACUAGAGAAGUCUUCGACAUCCACUUCUAAAGACAAACAUCAGCUUCCAGAUGUGGAAUCUGAAACGGAUAGUGAUGGUUCGGAUGUGAGUGGAUCGGAAGGUGAUGAUGAUGAUGAUGAUACCUCGUGGAUCUCGUGGUUUUGUAAUUUGAGAGGGAAUGAUUUCUUCUGUGAAGUCGAUGAAGAUUAUAUACAAGAUGAUUUCAAUCUCUGUGGGUUGAGUGGUCAAGUUCCUUACUAUGAGUAUGCGCUUGAUCUCAUCCUAGAUGUCGAGUCUUCAAACAGUGAGAUGUUUACUGAAGAACAGAAUGAACUUGUGGAAUCAGCUGCUGAGAUGCUGUACGGUCUUAUUCAUGUUCGUUACAUUUUGACUACUAAAGGACUGGCUGCAAUGGCUGAGAAGUUCAAGAAGUGUGAUUUCGGGAGAUGUCCGAGAGUUUUCUGUUGCGGACAAUCUUGUCUACCAGUUGGACAAUCAGACAUACCGAGAUCGAGUACUGUGAAGAUGUACUGCCCAAAAUGCCAAGACAUAUCUUACCCUCGAUCUAAAUUCCAAGAUAUUGAUGGAGCAUACUUUGGAACCACGUUCCCUCACUUGUUCUUGAUGACUAAUGGGAAUUUGAAGCCUCAGAAACCGACUCAGAACUAUGUCCCAAGAAUCUUUGGCUUUAAGGUACACAAACCAUGAUACUAGUGCCUCUGCGUUCUCUCGAUGGUGAAACAUUGAGCAACUGAAGAUAGCUGCGGUUUGGAUGGAGCAUACCAAUCAAAUCAUUGUAUCGUAGACAGACGAUCUGGACUCGGAAAUGUAAUGUUCCUUCGGUUGGAUUUUUGUGUUUUCUUAUUUCUCUGUUAUUUAUCUAGAUAUUGCUAUGUUCUUCUCAGCAUAUUUUUUUCUAAUUUCAUGUAUAACCUCAGGAAUUGUUCAAUUCAAAGGUUAACAGUAACAACUCAA